CGUAACAAGAGUUACGUGGAACAGGCGUCACAUACGGGACAUGCGGAACAGGCGUCACAUACGGGACAUAUACGUAACAAGAGUUACGUGGAACAGGCGUCACAUACGGGACAUAUACGUAACAACAGUUACGUGGAACAGGCGUCACAUACGGGACAUGCGGAACAGGCGUCACAUACGGGGCAUGUGGAACAGGCAUCACAUACGGGACAUAUACGUGACAAGGCGUUACGCGGAUCAGGCGUCACAUACGGGUCAUAUGUGGAAAAGGAAUCACAUAAUAUCACAUAUGGGACAUGUGGAACAGGCAUCACAUACGCGACAUAUGCAGAACACAGGCGUCACAUACGGGACAUAUGCAGAAUGGGCGUCACAUACGGGACAUAUGCAGAACAGGCGUCACAUACGGGACAUAUGCGGAACAGGCGUCACAUACGGGACAUAUGCAGAAUGGGCGUCACAUACGGGACAUAUGCGGAACAAGCGUCACGUACGGGACAUAUGCAGAAUGGGCGUCACAUACGGGCCAUAUGCGGAACAAGCGUCACGUACGGGACAUAUGCGCAACAAGCGUCACGUACGGGACAUAUGCGGAACAAGCGUCACAUACGGGACAUAUGCGGAACAAGCGUCACGUACGGGACAUAUGCGGAGUAGGGCCGCGCGGAACAGUCAUCGCAUAUGAGACACAGUGAUUAAACUAGUACAAAUGUGUAGUAGAACUCACCUAUGGCGGGAUGUAGGGGGACGCCGGCAUAACAUCUCAAAUUAAGGAUCCAUCAUUUCCGAGCAUAUGAAAAGCGAAGAUAAUCCCUACUGGACAAUUAUACGGCCAUUCCUACACACUUAUGCAAAACGGCGUCAGACAAAUGUGUGGUUAAAACAACCAUCGGAAUAUAUGCAAAGCGGGACAUGGUACAAAGAACCCUACCGGACAAUUGUACAGAAAUUACUUUAUAUUCUAUUAUAUUUUUGCACGUAUUUCUAUAAUAUGUACAAAGGAUUUUUAAUUCGCCCGCGACCAACCGUGACUUUUACACUCGUGGUUCUCUUCGAAUUUUAAUGAGUACAAGAUUUUUCUUUCUCCAUAUCCAUUUACGUGCAUCAAUGUAAACAUGUUAUCUAUUCACGUAUAUUAAUGUGAACAUGUUCUGUUUUACAAGUAAGGGAUUUUAAAGCAAUUAAAAAGCUUUUAGAUGGCUUUAAAGAGAACAAUAAAUGUUAAAUAUAUCAUUAAAUAUAAUAAUGUUAGCCAUGCCAAUAAAUAUGCUAAAAUGAAUUGUA